UAGGCCCGGCCCAGCGGGACCGGCCCGGGUUAAAUAGGGGGCCCGGGACCCGAGCGGAGACAGACACGUCGAGGGCAGAACCCGCUAACACACGCGCACGCACGCACACGUACGCACACACACACACACACUCGACAAGCCUUCUGCACAGAGGCGCUCCAGUCACACACGACGGCACGUGUCAGACGGACGGACAGGACAGACGGACGGAUCGCGAGACCAGGACGACAGAGGUGUUUCGUUUCAGCCUCACGAAGAGUACAGAGAUUUAGACGCAGCGAUGCAGAGCGCAGCGGGAUUUCGGGGGUUGCUGGCGGUGGCGGCGGCGGUGGUGAUCGAGAUGGCGGUGAUGGCGGUCAUGGUGCCCGCGGUUCGCGGUGCCCCUGUGAGCCUGGACCAGGACCUGAGCGGGGGAGGUGACAGGAAAGCCCUCUACGCUAUGCAUAGCAGUGAAGACAGACCAGGGAAAAUUUUAUCGUCCGUCAACAGUCCCGAGAAGAGGGACAAGUUCCGAAAGAUCCUAAUGGCCCUGGAAGAGCUUCAGAGAUCCAUCAACAGCACAUCGGGCAGCAGGAUUACCAUGGUGCUCCGGGGUAACAAACCCAAUGUUCGGGGCGCAGGAAAAAAGAACAAAGUGGUGGUAUCAGAGGAAACCCAGAGAGCUGCCACACUGCCCCCUGUGGACGGUGGUGGUACAGUUUCAGCCCCCAGUGAUCGCCCACCAGAGCCCCAGAACCGGGGAGGAAGAAAGUCCCCUCAUUCCCCAAAGAAACCCAAUAAGAGAGUUUGUUUCUGGAAGUACUGUUCCCAAAACUGAUCGGCACUCCCCCCCCCCCUCACCACUCUCCACCCCCUCCCUGUGGACCCUC